CACGUGUAAAGAAACCGUUGAUCGUCAUGUCUCUGCUGUAGGAAAGCUCCGUGCUAGAUUUUAUUAUUUGCCUCCAGUUGUCGCUGCACUUUGUUUUGACAGCUGCUUGCUUUCUUUUUUCGUACCAGUUCACCGAAGAAUGAGCGAAAACGAUGACAUCGACGUCGACAGCGAUGCAGACAAGCGAGCCCAUCACAACGCGCUGGAGCGCAAACGCAGGGACCACAUUAAAGACAGCUUUUCCGGUUUACGAGAUUCUGUGCCUGCAUUACAAGGGGAGAAGAGUUCUGUCAAACAGGCUUCCCGAGCACAGAUUCUAGACAAAGCCACCGAGUACAUCCAGUACAUGAGGCGAAAAAACCAUACCCACCAGCAAGACAUCGAUGACUUAAAGAAGCAGAAUGCACUGUUAGAGCAGCAGGUUCGGGCUCUGGAGAAGGCGAAGGGGAACACUCAGCUCCAGACGAACUACUCCUCUGACAGCAGCAUGUACACAAACCGGAAAGGCAGCGCGGUGUCGGCCUUCGACGGCGGCUCCGACUCCAGCUCUGAAUCAGAGCCGGACGAGCCUCCCAACAGAAAGAAGCUGCGCGUGGAGCCCAGCUAGACCCGGGUCGUUUCCCGGUUCUCCAAACAGACUCUUUUUGCCCACCAGCCCCAACUCCUCUCACCUGUCCACACUGUCCUGCCUUCAAACGGCAGUCCAGGAGACGAGGUGGAGACUGUGUGAGAGCGGUGCUGUUAUGUAUAAAACGCUUCUACCUUCCUUUCCCUCCUGGCAAGCAUCCUGUCACUCCGUUUCGUGGCCCAGCAACAACUUUUAAAUCCCAAAAGUGAGGCAGCUCUGCAGUUUUGAAGAACAAUAUGCUUUUUUUCAGACCACAUGAUAACCAUUCAUAAGCAAAUGUGGAGACAACAAGGUAUGAGGCUUAGAUAAAGCUAAAGAAAUUAUAAUACAUUUGUUUUUGUUUUCUCUUUCGGUUGUUUUAGACAACCUCUGCAAUCUGUGAGAGUGUGAGACUUUUCAACCUUUAAUGAAAUGGGUAAUUAGGGAUAGUUUACCUUUUUAAUAAUCAAACUUUUCCAGAAAAGAAUGUGAAGUUGCUUUUGAAAAAAAAAGAAGUCUGUUAUACAAAGAUGCAACCCUCCACUCAGUGUAGGUGGCUGAAGUUUUUGUCUUUAAAAGAUGUUUGUGUAAUUGAAUUAAUCCCUCUAUUUAUAGUAAUGCUUGGAAAUUGAUGUGUUACCCUCAUGUCUGAUCUCCCUUACGUUUGGCUUGAGUUUUCCCAGAGAGCACAGGAGGAUGAAUGAGUUGACCUGCUGUUUCAAUGAAUUUCCCACAGGUUCAACUAUUUAUUUUCCUCUAUUUUUAUUAGUAUCAGAUAAAAUAUCAAUAUGAAAAAAAAUCCCCUAAUGGAUACUGAAUGUUACGCAAGGGCAGCAACCUUUAUUUUUGUUAUUGAAAGUCCAUUUCAGUGUGUAGUAUAUAACACUGUAUACUCUUUAAUGGUGUCAGUUCUGCAAAGAAAAGCCUUCCCUUGAAAUAUUUGCCUGUGUUGGGAAUGUUUAUCUUUCUUUUCUUUCCUUUACGCAGAGGUAACUUAGUGUGUACGUAAUCAAUAUUUGUUUGUUCCAUUCCAUGGAAAUUACAGGUAUGUUGUACAUACUGCCAACGGUUGUCUUGCAAGUUAAGGCAUACCUUUAUUAUGAGACUAUAAAUAAAACUAUUUUAUCCUUUUGGGAUGUA